CCGGCGCGAUCGCUACACGCCUGCGCGUGAUACUUCCGAACCUAAGUAGAUUUCCAUCGCUCACACGCGAAAAAAAUGACUAUGGUUUGAGCGCGCGUGAUUCGAAUUUCGAACGUAAUUUGACAAGUGAUGUGCAUUUCGUUCUGUGUUUGAAUUUCGAACGUCUCCAUUCUGAUGUUAACGAGUUUCUUUGCACUAAUGUUUUGACCACCUCCGCUGCGACGUAAUUAAAAACUUUUUGGAUUUUGCUCUGUGUUAGCUGAAUACGGACUUUAUUAUGGUGUGGAUAGCGGGUGCGCGCAUUUCAAAAUGCUAACAAAUAUUGGGCCCAGGGCCCAUCAACAAUCAAAAAUAUGGUAACAUGCGAGAGUCAGGGCGCGCCGGUCGGGUUCAGGCUGGGCGCCCGUGACCGCGACGAUGAGCCGCGUCGCCGAGCCCCCAGCGUCUCCUCGUCGGUCUACAAACAGAAGAUCGACGCGCUGUUUGAUGACAGCCGCUCUGUGGCCAGCCUGCCGCAGUAUCCCACCGGAUUUGGACAGCUGGAAAGAAGGGAUAGUAAGGUCAGUUCUUCACACGACAAUAAAGUGACGAUAUACGAAGAUGAAGAUGGUUAUUGUCAGAGCAAUGACACCAAAAUCAAUAACACGGUCCAAGACCGUAUCGAAAGGAUGUUCGCGGACAUGGCAGGGGAAUCCAGGCAACCAGUGGAUAAUAUCGGAAUACAUGUCUUCAGUGUCCAUUAUCUUGGCUCCACGCCUUUACAAGACAAAGUUACUAGCCUCUCCGGCCUUCAAAUUCCACUCAAAAAACUAUACUUCGCGCACCGAAGAAACUUCCACCACAAAAGUGCGUUGACAGGCCGGUUAGAAAUAUCAAAAAGUGGCCUCAAAGUAAGAUACAAAGGAGAAAAAGGCGAUUUAGAGCAACUAAACCCUUUCCCAACUAUAGCAGUAUGGUCGGCUGUCAAAUUCGUAGUCCAACCUUCAGAGACAAAUGAUAAUGAACUAUGCUACGCGUUCCUACCACUCAUCACAGAUCCUGAUAACAUAGACCGGCAAGCGCUAUUCAAGACGUUAGAGUCACCGGACAACAAAUACAUCCUCUCACACAACGAGAACUCACAUUCGCCACUUUUCGCUGUCGUGAUGAGGAAGAUCGGAGUUGCUAAGCAACUGGAGUGUCAUGGGUUUGUAUGUCAGACGACUGAGGAUGCUAUUGUGAUAGCGGCUACGUUAUACAAAUCCCUAAUGUCACACAUGAGCCGUCAAGGCCACAGUGAUAAAAAGAAAGUGAGGAAUCGAAACGGAGUCAGCUGCAUGAGCGUCGGUAGUAGUAUGUCACCGAAUGAUAUUGUGAUGCCCAAUAAACCACCGCGGAAGAAGCCGAGCACGUCGUCAAUGAGCGGCGAUAGCGACAAAGCAGAUGGGUUCUCAGCCAGCGAGUCGUAUAAUGAGAAACACAGGUUAGAAAGGACUAAGAAGAUCUCGUCUGAGAGUCUACCUUCGCCACCCCCACCUCCGUCCAUUCCACCCGCCGAAGGCAAAAGAAUCACAGUGGAAGAAGUUAAAGCCAAACUUGAUUCGAUUAAAAACAACGAUACCAGCGGUAGUGACACUCAUGAUUCAAGAAAGUCUGCCGCCAAAAGCUGUCCCCACCCUGCUAUUAGUAAGCUUCAGAGCCAUCUUAAUUCCAAUAGCGGGAGCGAAUCUUCCGUGAGGACUAAGGUUUCUGAGAAAAUAGAACUCUUUAAGGAGCUAGAAAGAAGAAAGAAUCUACAAAGACCACCGACUUUACCUCCGCCUAUACCAUCAAAACCUUCAGAAGCUCCACCGGAACCCCCUAAGGAGCCUCUAAGAAGAAAUCAAAGCGGACGGAAAUCUCUCAGCGAAUCGGGUGACAUACUGACUAAAGUGGCCAUCCCGCGCUCGGGCAGCUUCCUCAACGCGGGAGGGCUGACGAGAUAUAAAUCGAUCGGACACAGGAACAAUGGAAAGAAAGGCGGCGGUUCGCCGCUAGGGUUCAAUGAACUUUUCAAUGAAUUCAAAGUUCAGGAGAACUUGCACUCGAUGGAUGAGAUUCUAAACGCCAUAAUAGACGCAGAAGGGAUGUCGUUCAAUGAUUUGAAACCGAUAUAUAAAGAGUUCUUGCUAAAAUUAGCAGUAACGUUAACGAAAGACGAGAUCUUUCAGCACAGUAAGGCAAUUAUGAAAAAACAAAAGAAAAAGAUUCUAAGAAGAAACAGUACGUUCCAAAAUAAAAGAAGGAAGAUAUUCAAAGGUGCCAACGGGCUCCGGAUGGUUUUUAGGCUGCCGUUUGGAAAGGAAAUAAAAGACAAAGACAAUAAUAAAAUAGGUCUUACCGCGCUAGACUUUCAAACAUUGGCGAAUGCUAAAGAACCGAUUUCAGAAAGUUCAGUUUCCACGUCUAGUUAUGAUAUGCGGCAGUUUCACCCCAAAGAACCGAUGCUGCCACCGCCAAAGAGACAGGUGACGAGGCAAAGGAAUUCUAAACGCGACAAGAUCGUUCACGUAUCGAAGCGAAACGGAAAAAUUUCUAGACCGGGAGAGAGGACGUCUACAUCGGAAGAUUCGGAUUUUCUGACUCUAAGCAAUCGUCUCGGCGGCCAGAACCGGAAUAGUUCGAGUGGUUACGUUUCGUGUUCGGAAUGCGAAUCGGAAAGCUGCAUCGAUAGAUGUUAUUGCUCACUUAAAGACGAUUGCAAAUCGAAAUGCUACUGCUCCGCCACCGAACUCAAGAAGGAAUCAUCGAAAACAAAACUUUUAGCUAAAAGCAAGAGCUGUAAAGAUUGUUCGAAAGAAUACUACGACGGGGACUUUAGCUACUGUUCAUGCGAUUCUGAGAGCUGUGCUGAUAGUAAUAAGUGCUACUGUGUCGGCCCGAGGAGAGGUGUUAUGCAGAGCUCUCAGAGCUUGGAGUAUCUUCGCAGCCCUUCGCAAAGGACCUACUCUGAGAGGCUGAAGCGGUACGAGGAGUAUGACGGAAGAGGUUCUAGGACUAGGUCAAGCGCGACCGGUCACCGUCGUCGCGAGGAGCGUGGCCGACGAGCUCGAAGCUCCGACAGCCUCGCGCUGGACUACGAGCUGCUGCUGCAGAACAAGGCCAGGGACACCAGGAGCCGCAACAUGCAGCGGCUUACUGUCCGAAGUACCGGUGCGGGUUCGCACGACGCUCUCAGCGUGAAGAAGUCAGCCGAGAUGGCAGCCCUUUUCGCCGAUGUGCGGUUAUCGCAGCGUACGGACGUGCGCUCGUUGUCCGGCGCGCGCGCACCGCACCCCCGCCCCGCGCCGCCGCCGCUGCCGCCCGCGCCGCCUCGCGCCGCGCCGCCACUCGCCAGGAUGUUCGACCACCGCCCGCUCAGCAGAAACGCCAGCCUUGAAGAUACCCUCGGGUAUCUGCCUUGAUUAUACUUGAGCGAUUUUUUGAAAUUAUAAGACAUUUCAUAGUAAAAUUAUGAAUGAGUAUUUACUGAAGUAUUAAGGCUUAUUUUAAAUGUUGAUAAAGAGGGUAAAUCUACUUUUAACACGUUGAAAAAAUCACAAUAGUUUUUUGUAGUUGAUGUAACAAUUUCGCAUCGGCAUUAGAUAUUACUAGUGUUGUAUAAAAAUCGGCGGACAACGGCUUGGCUGUGCCUUUAAUUACGCUAAAGUUCUUGAGCGGCGAGAGCUCCAACUAUUAGGCGGAAGAUUACUCGUUUGCUUAUAUAUAAAAAAAUGCUUAUAAUUUCAAAAAGAACCUCCAUCUCAACAGAGACGAUUAUAAAUUGGUAUGAGUCAAACAAUAUACAAUGCGACGUGAAUAAUAAAAACAAAAUGGAGGCCGGGAGAUUUUUAAGAGGAGAUUAAUUGUGCAAUGUGUUAUAAUAUAUCUCAAACGUAUACCACCUUAUUAAUAAAAUAAGGAUUUAAAGUAUAUCGAUAUGUCUAAGUAAAACUAUGUAUGUAGUUAUUUAUUGUUGCAAAUAACAUUUUAUACAUAGGGUGCAAUAAUCUUGAGUCAUAUUUUUAAUUAAGUUUUUUAUUUUUCUUAAACGUUUUUUUUUACUGUAGA